UUUGAUUGGAUAGUCCUCUCAAGUUAGCAUGGCGCCUUGUUAGGUUGCACAAAAUAAGCGAAUUUCUUUUGUUGUGACCAAACGUUGAGCUAGUGACUCUGUGUUUCUAGUUUUGUAUUUUUCCAGAUCGGGACAUUUGUGAUCAUUCAUCAUUAGAGAGGAUGAGUGGUGGAGUGUAUGGAGGCGAUGAGGUUGGAGCCUUGGUGUUUGAUAUUGGUUCGUAUUCAGUGAGGGCUGGCUAUGCUGGAGAAGAUUGUCCCAAGGCAGACUUCCCCACCGUGAUCGGCGUGACCGUGGACCGGGAGGAUGGCAGCACGCCGAUGGAGACGGACGGGGAAAAGGGCAAGCAGAGCGGCACCACCUACUACAUCGACACCAACCAGCUGAGGGUGGCCCGGGAGAACAUGGAGGUCAUGUCCCCCCUCAAGAAUGGCAUGAUUGAGGACUGGGACAGCUUCCAGGCCAUUCUGGACCACACCUACAAGAUGCACUUCAAGUCUGAACCCAGUCUGCAUCCGGUUCUCAUGUCCGAAGCAUCGUGGAACACACGAGCGAAGCGUGAGAAGCUAACAGAGCUGAUGUUUGAGCAUUACAACAUCCCGGCCUUCUUCCUGUGCAAAACAGCGGUGUUGUCCUCCUUUGCCAACGGGCGGUCCACAGGGUUGGUGCUCGACAGUGGAGCGACGCACACGACAGCCAUUCCGGUGCAUGAUGGUUACGUCCUGCAGCAAGGAAUCGUUAAGUCUCCCUUGGCAGGGGACUUUAUGAGUAUGCAAUGUAGAGAGCUAUUUCAAGAGUUGAAUGUUGAAAUAGUCCCUCCUUACAUGAUUGCAUCAAAGGUGAGACCUGCUAAAGAUGCGGUCCGCGAGGGCUCCCCGGCCAGCUGGAAGAAGAAGGAAAAGCUGCCUCAAGUCACCCGCUCCUGGCACAACUACAUGUGCAACACGGUGAUCCAGGACUUCCAAGCGUCUGUGCUGCAGGUGUCGGACUCCCCCUACGAUGAACAAGUGGCUGCCCAGAUGCCUACAGUUCAUUACGAACUACCCAACGGCUACAACUGUGACUUUGGAGCAGAAAGACUGAAGAUUCCAGAGGGUCUCUUCGAUCCCUCCAAUGCCAAGGGCUUGUCAGGCAACACCAUGCUAGGGGUAGGUCACGUGGUCACCACCAGCGUGGGCAUGUGCGACAUCGACAUUCGGCCAGGUCUGUAUGGCAGUGUGGUGGUCACUGGAGGAAACACGCUGAUCCAGGGCUUCACAGACCGCCUCAACAGGGAGCUCUCCCAGAAGACCCCUCCCAGCAUGAGGCUAAAGCUGAUCGCCAACAACACGACUGUGGAGCGCAGGUUCAGUGCCUGGAUAGGAGGCUCCAUCCUAGCAUCGCUCGGAACCUUCCAGCAAAUGUGGAUCUCCAAACAAGAGUACGAAGAGGGCGGGAAGCAGUGCGUGGACAGGAAGUGCCCUUGAUGGACCACCGACCACAGGUCUGCCUCCAUAACCCACGGACAUGAACGCAUUCUAGUGAGACGUUAUAGCUGGGACUCAGGAACAACGAAGUACAGUCAAUGUUUUUAUAGCGUUUUCUUUUUGUAUAACAAUGAUCUUGUCCGUCUCAUAUGACUAGGUAGAGAUCGUUGACUUUAACUUACCAUCUAACUCACCAUUAUGAAUCCAGAUCUCAUAGCAUUCCAUAUAGCUAUGAACAGAAAGGAAAAUGUAUCUCCAUGUUGUCAGUGUUUUUUUAAAUAUCAAGCUCAUUGUCAGGUUAGGCAGUGUGUCAAUUUGGGCAAAUUCUCUUUUUAUAUACUCAGUGAAUGAGCAGUUAUUCACCAAGUGAGAAGGACUCACUUAAAUAUUGUCUGUAUUUAAUUUCACGUGUUGAUAUCAUUGGGUAUUUGCUGUCUUUUGAAAAUAAAGUUCCCUUUUGUUAAA